AUGUCUUUGAGAGCUUUGUGUUGGUCGUUCCUUGUCUUCUUUUUCGUUGUCUAUGUCAAUGCUCAUGAUCAUCAUAAGCCAAAGCCUCAUGAUCAGCAUAAGCCAAAGCCUCAUGACCAGCAGAAGCCAGCAAGGCCUGAUGGUCAGCAGAAGCCAAGGCCUGAUGAUCAGCAGAAGCCAACGUUUGAUGAUCAGCAGAAGCCAAAGUUGCAGUCAACUGAAUGGAAACAUGCUCAUGCCACAUUCUAUGAAGGAGGUUCCGGAACAUUUGGUGGAGCUUGUGGAUACCAUGAUGUAGUUCAAGAAGGUUAUGGCCUGGACACAGUAGCAUUGAGCAAUGCAUUGUUCAACAAGGGGGAGAUGUGUGGUGCAUGCUUCGAAAUCAAAUGCGAGGACUCGCCUCAAUGGUGCAAGCCUGGCCAGCCAAGUCUCAUUGUUACAGCAACCAACCAGUGCCCUCCUAAUUACAACCAACCGAGUGAUAACGGAGGAUGGUGCAACGAACCCCGUGAACAUUUCGACAUAGCAAGGCCUGUGUUCGAGACUAUUGCUGCGUACAAGGCCGGCAUCGUUCCAGUCUCAUACCGCAGGAUUCCAUGUGACCACAAGACUGGAGGCAUUAAAUUUACAAUAACUGGGAAUCCUUAUUUCAAUGAAGUGUUGGUGUGGAAUGUUGGAGGUGCUGGGGAUGUAUGCAACGUCAAAGUGAAACCUGAAGACCAACCGAAUACAUGGCUGCCGCUGCAACGAAUGUGGGGUCAGCGGUGGAUUUACAACGGAAAAUUGUGCGAGCAAGGCGCGCUUAGCUUUCGAGUGACAUCGGGUGAUGGAAGAACCGUAAUCUCUGAAAAUGUUCUCCCAAAGGGAUGGCAGUUUGGCCAGACUUAUGAAGGCAAGAAUUUCGCCGUGUAGGAACAUAUAUCAUAAUAUUUUCACCCAUGAAUAAACAACACAUUUUUUGAGACAAAGGAGCAACACAUUGUAUAUCUGUUACCGGCUGAAUUUUGUACCUUUAAUCGUUUUCCAUUUUUCUUUUCUAAUUAUACAUUGAACUUUAUGUAAGAUUAACCAAUUUUCAAUGAAAAUAAAUAUCCAUGUGUUUAAGGAAAA